GUCAGCGCGUCGUUCUCAGGCACGGAAGCGAUUCCCAGCUGUUGAACAGAUUUCUGUAAAUCAGAUUAAGCGCUUGUUUUACAGAAACACAACAUAUAACUGUACUUUACAAUGGACUCUCCACGCUGGUUGCCUUUGGAGUCAAAUCCAGAAGUCAUGACUAAGUUUGUCAGUUGUUUGGGUAUGAGACCAACCUGGCAGUUUGGAGACGUGUAUGGACUGGACCCAGAGCUUCUCAGCAUGGUACCGAGACCUGUGUGCGCAGUUCUGCUCCUCUUCCCAGUCACAGAAAGGUAUGAGGCAUUCAAGCUAGAAGAGGAGGAGACGCUCAAAGGCCAGGGACAGCAAGUCUCACCUGAUGUCUACUUCAUCAAGCAAACUAUUGGAAAUGCUUGUGGAACAAUAGGAUUGAUUCAUGCAGUGGCAAACAACCAGAAACACUUGGAGUUUGAACCUAAUUCUCCUCUUAAGAAGUUUCUUGAACAAACAUCUAAAAUGACUCCAGAUGAAAGAGCUGCCUACCUGGAAAACGAUGAGAGUAUACGUGUCACACAUGAAUCCAGUGCGCAGGAAGGACAAACUGAGGCUCCAAGUUUAGAUGAAAAAGUGAAUCUUCAUUUUAUAGCUUUUGUUAAUGUGGGAGGACAGUUGCAUGAACUGGAUGGUCGGAAACCUUUUCCAAUCGUCCAUGGAAAAACAACAGAAGAUACUUUCCUAGAG